AUGUCUUAUCAUCGAAUCCUCCCCAGACCUGACACUUGGGGCAGUGAGCCCCCUUUAAUCGACCAUGCUCAGGCGACUAGUGAUCCUGUUCAAUAUCAGCCAAGUAACGGUGCUGUUUUCAAAGCUUAUCCCGAGGAAAUGCAGGUUGACUUCAGAUCAGAAGCCUUUGCCCACUACUGUCAACGUUACCUGCCUGUCGUGGCGGCGGCCAACCGAGGACUUCUGCCACCGGCUAUAACCAGGAUAGUACAGGAACAGUGGAAUCGGCUUUCCCAGGCGGAAAGGAAUCAGUGGCCGAUAUUGAGCGAAAUUCCAAACUACGAGGACCGCCAAUGCCGUUCGGAGGAUGAGCAUCAGUCCCGCGUCAAAGAUGAGGACAACGACACCCGUUGGGGAAGCUCCGUCCAAGGGUAUACCAACCCAGUGGAAGAUCCGAGGAUUACGUCUGUGGUUCAAAACGGAACAUGUUCCCCUACGUCAUUACCCCCGUUCACAUCCUUGUUUUUGGAUGUCAAUGAUAGCUUUGGCCAAUCAACAGACCUGCGCAGCACGAAGGACCUCUCUGAUGGCGGCCCUAUGGCGGUGGCGCAUUCUUGGGACGCACCCCUUCACCAGCCCCAGUAUGACAGCGACACAAUGCGAGAUCACAGCCUGGAUACACAUAAUAUCCAGCCUGGGCCGUCUUCAAACACUCAGGGAUGUAAUCGCCAGAGCCUGACAUCUUUCACACAUACUUCUUCCGGGGAACACAGCGACGAAGACAUGCUACGCACCUCGCCACUGAUACGGGCGCCACAAAAGCCUAGAGCGCAUGCACAGUAUGAGCACACUCAGUCCCAGCCUCUGACCGCAACUGGCCCUGCCUCUACCCCAGAGAUCACAGCCAAACUACUUUCAGUUUUCAAUAAGAUUGGCACGCUAGCCUAUGGUUCACCGCCGAUCAAUCCCGCGUUUCAAAAGAGUGGUUCUCGAGGUCCAGUGAUAUCUGUAGAUGGACAGGAUUCUUUGAGUGUCAAAUCUAUCAUUGACUAUCUUCACAGUACCUUACCAAUGGAAGGAUUCCGCACCCGGGUUUUCAAGGGACCUGAAGCUCGGCCCCGGCAUAUGUCGCGUCGCAAAUAUGGCCCCAUAGUUGAAUAUCUGAACAAUGUCUCCGCAUGGCAUCCCAUCUCAGCCCAAGUUGUCGACUAUAUCCAACACCCAUAUAGAGGGCUACGGGCCAAGGCAAAGCGUGGUGACGACCUGGGCAACGGGUCGGUGCCGGUCUCGCGCGACACAGGUUACCCACUUCCUGUGGCGCUCAUCGCAAGAUACCAGCUUACAACCGUGGAUGCAUUUGCUUGCGAGAUCUCCGUGGACGAUCCCUAUUCGCAAACGAGUCACCAGCAGUGGAUGGAAUCUCUCUGGCGUGGCUGUGUCGGUCCCGACAUUGUUGUGUAUAUCCAGGAUCACGAAACUCCGGAGAUGGGAUCAUCGCAGGAUCUCGUGUACAGUGCUCGCUUACAGGACACUCUUGGUAUCGUGAUCCCGCGUGCUAAAGGCUCCGCCAAGGAGCCUAAGGAGAGAGUGCUAAGACACGUUGUGUGGGCUAUUGAUUCUAUCGUGAUGAGCGCUCGUGCGCAAUAA